GCAAGCAAGGUAAGUGAAGAUACCUUGCUUUUUAGUUCCUACUUUUUGCUACUCAAGUUGCUAGUUGCUACUAUAGAGCGAUAAAAUUUUGAUUAAGAUUAAGCAAGUUAAAAGUGUAUACGAAUUCUAUAUGAUUGUGCCGGAUCUCUGGAUUUCUGCAACUUCUGACAACGCACUCACGGUCCAGGUGUACGGCAUGGUUUCUUGAUUCAGAUUAAUGAUCACUUUGAUCAGUGAUCACUUGAGAACCACGAUGUUGACGCAGUGGUUGAACGAAGCCAAGUUGGAUCUGUUUGGUUCUGCGAUGGUGCGGAAUGCAACAACAGAGCUUAAUGCUGUAUUAUGUUAUCAGGUUGAUUCGUCGGAUCUCUUCAUUUGGCUAAUUGAUAGCAACCACAUUUCCCACGUCCGUUUCUCAGAACAGAGUCUGAAGGAAGAAUGCAGAAAUUUGAAGGUUACUCCCGUGGAACUCCUCAAAGCGCUUCGGGAAAGUGUUUCGUCCAAAUCAGCCACUUUCACCAAAUCCCCCACCAGUGUGGUUGUAUCUUUCUCCAGUAGCCAAACGGGUAGGAUUCCGCUGGAGUUAUCGCCCAAAGAACCGAAAGCCGAUUUGGUGCGGGAUUUGUUGCUUGCGUUCGGGCGGUCAUAUUCCGAUGUCAAACAGGAACUGGAUUCUGCCAAGAGCACAAUGGAGGAAUCAGCUGCACGGGUGUUUACCCAGUCCGCGAUGUUGGAUACUGAACACCGCGCUCCCAAGAAGAAAGCAAAGACCGAGCCGGGAAUGAGUGUGGUGAACCCGCGGUCUAGAAUUGUCAAACCUGCCCGUGGUGUUGUUUAUAGUGAUGAGGAGGAGGAAGAUUAAUGGUUCGCUAGGGGCAAGCGGAUGGUAUAGCCUGGUUUUUUACCUUUUGGGAAGUUUACAAUUUUGCAUCUACGGCGCUUUUUCGUCCAGCAUGCACUACCAGGCGAUUGACCUUAAAAUUCGCACAUUUUGCACCAUACAGCACUUAUACUCUA